GUCUUGGAUAUGUCGAUGUCGCUUUACUACUGGAGUUUACUUUCACCGCAUUACAUAGCCAAAAUGCUCACUGCUGUUCGUAUUUACUAUGCGACGAUAGUAUAGUGCCACACGCGUGAUGGGGCAGCUCCGAAAGUUAUUCACGCGAAUGCAUAUCUUCGCCACCGGGAAGCCAGUUACGAAAUGAGCUUGUGACAGCAAGCAACAGCAGCCACUAACUGCUAUUAGCAUAGUGGUUCUAUUGGUGAGCCGUGAGGUCCGUUCUGCGCGUUUCUUUUGAGUGAGUUCUCGCCCACGAGUUACAUUGUAUGGCCCCCGUUGGAUCUCGCAUUGAUAGAUCGACGCGCGUAGUCAGUGAAAGUGAAGUUUUACAUUAAUAGAAGAAAGACUAAUAAGUUUGUUUUGUUGGGCCAUGGACAAGUUUGAACAGUCUUGAGUUUUUUCUGGAAGACAGUUUUGGAGCCAGAUUGGAGCAGUGUGUUAUUCUAUUAAUGGUUUUGAUGAAUGACUACUUUUAAUUGAGAGACAUUGGUACCAUCCAAUUUAUAAAGUUUGUUAGCAAAAGAAGAGAUACCGAGGAGUCUUAUUGUAUCAUGAAUGUGGCUUGCACGGCAGAGAGGUGGUGUCGCGAGGGUGGUUGAGUCGCCUUCGGAUACGUGAGAUGAUCGAAAGCGUAUCCCGACGAGCCCUGAGUGGCUCCAGCGGGAGCUAUCACGUUCGUGGUGCUGAGCUGGCGCGAGAUCGUAGACUCAAAUCCCUUUCAGCCACUGUUGUCUUUCUUGAUGACACUCAACAUACCUUCCAGUUGGAUAAGAGAGCUAAAGGUCAAGCCCUUCUGGAUCUCGUAUUCCAACACCUGGAGCUUAUCGAGAAGGACUACUUUGGCUUACAGUAUGCCGAUAAUGGGGCUGCACCGUCCACGUGUCCGAAUGCGGACGUAAUGCGCUGGCUCGACCCUGCCAAACCGGUCAAGAAGCAAAUAAGAAGUAAGGGUAAAGGUGGGCAGUUCUUUUUUAGAGUUAAGUUCUACGUAUCCGAUCCAAGUAAACUCCAGGAGGAGUACACUAGGUAUCAGUUUUAUCUGCAAAUACGCCGGGAUAUCCUUCAAGGAAGGCUACAGCUACCUCCGAGUACUGCUUGCUUAAUAGCCAGCUAUACCGUCCAAUCCGAAUUAGGAGAUUAUCAUCCAGAGGAACACGGUCCGGGUUAUCUAUCUCGUUUACAAUUAAUACCUGGACAAACAGAAGAGAUGGAAAAGAAAAUAGCCGAGCUCCAUAAACUCCACAAAGGUCAGUUGCCAGCGGAUGCUGAGUUCAACUUCCUGGACCAUGCAAAACGUCUCGACAUGUACGGCGUGGAGUUACAUAAGGCAAGGGAUUCUACGAAUAAAGAGAUUCAAUUAGGAGUCACUUCGAUAGGACUGGUUGUCUUCCAAAAUAACAUAAGAAUCAACAUCUUCUCCUGGUCGAAGAUUGUCAAGAUCUCUUUCAAGAGGAAACAAUUCUUCAUACAGCUACGCAGAGAACAGUCAGAGAAUUACGACACGCUCUUGGGCUUCAACAUGCAAACAUAUCGGAGCUCAAAGAACCUGUGGAAGGCGUGCGUGGAGCAUCAUACCUUCUUCAGAUUGCACAGCCCGAAGAUGCGUCCGCGACGUUUCCCCUUGACUCUCAGUAGCAGAUUUACUUACUCAGGUCGCACAGAAUUCCAGACAGUAGAGGACGGGAAACAUCGUGCACGCGUUGAACGAACUUUUAUACGAUCGCCUAGUAAGAGACUAGUACACGGAGUUACCUCUGCACCGAUCGUCGAGGAAAAAGGCAAGAUUGCACUUCCACCAGGUAGACCACCACGUCCAUACGACAAUAAGGUUCAGAGUCUUGGAUCCAGGGAACCACGUCAGGCUUGGGGUGAAGGAAAUCCAAGUGAUGAUGAGGGUGGUUUUCUGUCCCUCAGAGAAGAGCUCAACGGCUCCCAUACCCAGGGUGGUGCGUUCUCGCCAGUACUCGGUUCCAGGGUCUUGAGCUAUGCAGAUGAUGACACUACCAUCGAGAGGAAUAUCUAUGAUCUACCGGAUUACAGUGAACCCACAAGUUCACCAGCUCCUCAGAUUUUGGAAGAUGGUUUGGUGACAAUAAGAUUAACACCAGAUGAACAAGGAAGGUUUGGUUUCAAUGUGAAAGGUGGUCUCGACCUGGAUAUGCCCAUUUUAGUUUCAAGGGUCGCACCCAAUACUCCAGCUGAUCGUUGUUACCCGAAACUCAAUGAAGGUGAUCAAGUUGUCUACAUCAAUGGUAUUGAUGUCAAUGGAAUGUUACACGAGCACGUAGUUAACCUGAUACGACAAUCCCGAGAUUCCGGUAUUGGCGAACUCACCUUGACCGUCAGACCAAAUGCACUUUACAACGCGCUAGCUGGAACCGACGAAACGUCAGAAGAGGAACCUCCCUACAGAUACGUACCGGAUGCACCACACGCUGCAGUCGGAUCAGAUGCACUUGCGCAGUCCAUGCUCUUACUUGCUGAUGGUUUAGCAAGCGGUGCUCUGAUUGCUCAGUACGAACAAUUGUAUAGAAAAAAUCCAGAAUUGACUUGCCUCGAAUCGAAAAAGCCAGAGAAUCAAAAUAAAAAUCGUUACCGGGACAUAUCGCCGUAUGACGUUACUCGUGUCAUUCUAAUGGGUUCCGUUAACGGAGACUACAUUAAUGCGAAUUACGUAAACAUGGAGAUUCCCGGUUCUGGUAUAAUAAAUCGUUAUAUCGCGACGCAGGGUCCGCUGUCCUCGACGGUAGCGGAUUUCUGGCAGAUGGUAUUGGAAGCUGGUAGCACAUUAGUUGUGAUGCUUACUACAUUGGUGGAACGAGGUCGCGCUAAAUGUCAUCAGUAUUGGCCCGCGAUGAAUGAGACUCUCACGUUGAGAAAUCUUACAUUGACCUCGACGUCUGAGACGAUCGAGGACACCUUUGUCUUUCGUGAAUUCAUACUUCGCGACAUAAACACCGGGGAAGAAAGGGACAUAACUCACAUGCAAUAUUGCGGCUGGCCAGAUCAUGGUGUUCCCAGCGACUGGCGACAGUUCACCACAUUCACAGAACGUGUCCGUUCGGCAAGAACAGGUAUCGUUGAACCAGCAGUGGUUCACUGUUCAGCAGGAAUAGGACGUACUGGUGUCCUUGUUUUAAUGGAAACUGCCUUGUGCCUGAUAGAGGCCAACCAGCCAGUAUAUCCUUUGGACAUUGUUCGUUCCAUGAGAGACCAACGUGCUAUGAUGAUACAGAAUGCUAGUCAGUACAGAUUCGUUUGCGAAGCGGUUCACAAAGCAUAUACGGAAGGCAUUGCGAAGCCGCUGCCGGAGUUUAGCAGGUGAGACUGGAAAUCCGCCCGGCCGAGCAGCUAAGAAUGCGAAAUUUCUUUAAUCAAUGGCCGCAUUAGAUUUCUUGUGUAUGUCGCGACGAGAGCCACGGAGACGCGACGUUAAGCUCGUGCUUUCGACUUUCGCGAGAAACUCAUCUUGCGAUUUUUACUAUGGAACAAGAAGAAAGUGAAAGGAAGAUAAAUGAAGAAAAAUAAUGGUAGCUCGAAUCUAAAAUAUUCUGCCUUCUUCUUUCGUAGAGCAUCUUAAGCUUAGUUUCUAUAGCGUGACGAGGAUUACUAAGGAUUCCCAAGCAGCCCUAAACGUAAUCAAAGACCAGAUUAAUCUUAAUUAAUGGAGAGAGCAUGGAGUGGACGAUGAUUUUUUAUCCAUAUAUCAAUUUCUCUCUUUCUUUUUAUAUAAUCACACUACUAAAGAGAUAUCGAGCCGAUACGAGCAUAUCAGGUCCGCGAGGACUCGCAAUUCAGAAGAGCCUUAACACAUUCACUGCAAAGCAUUUAAUGAUUAUAUUCUAAUUUCUCUUUCGCUCUCUUUCUUUAACUUAGGGAUUUUCUAUUAAUCUAAUUCGCCGGUACUAAUUAGACUGUCUGUCCGUAAUGGGGAUGUUUAUAUAAUUCAUGUAUAACAAUUGUGAUUUGUCUAGUGGUUUUUUUACAUUUAGAGUAUACAUAGUAUCGACAAAAACCCUACAAGUGGCUGAUAAUAAUUUUAAUGGAACAGUUAAACUUUUGGCGAUGAAUGUGUUAAAGUAAUUUUUUUAAGAAAAAAUAUAUAUAUAUACAAAACAGACCGGAGAGCAGUGCCUUGUAAAUACGAGUAAUAUUGAAAGAGAAAGAAUUGUGAAUUCAAUUUUAAAAGACUUUUUCGGCCGCUCGCCGUGUCACUUGUAUAUUUUUCUAUAUAAUAAUCCGACCGUACCUAAAACAAUACAGCGAUCGUAUAAACGACCAAUUAUAUGAAAAGGAGAAAAACCGUCAUUUAAAAACGUAAACGUUCCGUCGAGCCACCCAGGCGAUGUAAACCAGCCGAAUAAGAGCACAAAAGUCCUCUUGGAACAAUUGAGCAAAAUUGAGUGCAGCUUAUUGUGAAUAAUUAAUAUUUCCCCGUGGACGAAGUAUGUAAUAGGGAGAUUUAAGAUAGAAAAACUAGAGAAGAUAAAUGAAGAAUUAAGGAAGAAAAAGAGAGAGAAACGUAGGAAUAACAAAUAAGAAAUACAAAUGGGAAAAACUGAUAAGCGUACGAAGCAGUAUUCGAUAUAAGUACAAUUAACAAUAUAUAUUUCUACGUAAACGCUCGCCAUUGCCUGACGAGCCUCGAUUGCAAAGAAGUUGGUAGCUGUCUAGUCUCGUGAUUGAUUUGUACUUUUCAACGAUUGAAUAAAGCCAUUUUAUAGGAA